GCUGUGGGGGCGGAGCUCUCUCUCUCAGUUUAUCCUGAUGGAGCUCGCCCUCAGCCUCAUUAUUCUGCUGCUCUGACGAAACAACUCGUCUCUGAGGAAACAACUCGUCUCUUCUUCUUCUGCUCUGACCGUCCUCAUGACUCGGCCGCUCCGCUCCUCGUCCUCGGCUCGUUCAUGGAUCCAGGCACCACGUUUUGCUCUUCGUCACCGUCUGAGCGCGCUCAGUGGUGGUGUGAGUCGGCCCGCCCCUUGGCGCCGCCGGCCAAUCUCCUUCCUCUACUACGUGCUGUCUGUCAAUGCUCUGCGGCCGCUGGCCAAUCGGGUGGCGCUGUACCGCUCCUUCCCAACCCGCCUCCUGUCCCGGGCUUGGGGCCGGCUGAACGGGGUGGAGCUCCCCACAUGGCUCAGGAAGCCCGUCUACUCGCUCUACAUCUGGACCUUUGGAGUCAACAUGCAGGAGGCAGCGGUGGAGGAUUUACAUCAUUACAGGAAUCUAGGCGAGUUUUUCCGACGACGGCUCAAAACCUGCACUCCUCCUCCUUCCUACUAA